AUGAAUACAUGUCAAAAACUCAAAAAGAAACCAGGAAAUCUGAAUCGUAUUCACAUGGACAGCUUGCUCCAACAGAGCAAAAAGAGGCUAAAGAGAACUAGUGAAAAUGAGCUAUGCAAUACAAAGAAGAAAAAAAUGUCAAAAGUAGAAAAACACACCCAACCAAAAAGUUAUAAAUGCUACAAAAUCGGGCAAAGGUCUAAAAGCAGACAAUACAUUGAGAAACAGUUUCCAUGUACAGAUUGCAGCAAAACAUUUACUCGUAGGUCAUCUUUAAUUACACACCACCGAAUCCACACAGGAGAGAAACCAUAUGUUUGCAUUGAGUGUGGGAAAGGAUUCACUGACAGCUCAAAUCGUGUCAAACACCAGCGAACACACACAGGAGAGAGACCAUACGCAUGCACAGACUGUGGUAAAACCUUCACUGAUAGCUCAAACCUUAUUGCCCACCAGAGAGCACACACAAGGGAAGCAACCGUAUGUAUGCAGUGA